AUGGCCGAGACAAACAUAGCUACUGCUAUUCUAGAUGAGAAAAGACCAAAUAGCUACCAGAUUGUAUACCCAACAGAUGAAUGCGUAAAAGGUGAGUGCACCUUGGAUCCAGCAGAUGUAGGUAUUUCAUACGCCCGCAUGCAGCAGCUAAACAUAUUUCAGUAUGAUGUUAUUCUUAUAAAAGGUAAAAAGAGAAAGGAGUCUCUUUUUAUGGUCAAGAAAAUGGACAUACCUGAUGAUAAGAUAGUUCUGGUUCGAGAAGGAUGUGAGAAUCUGUGCUCUCGCGUGGGGGACUUUGUGAAGCUGUAUGAGCUGAUGGACGAUACAAUUACUGUGGAGAAGGCAACUAUUCUUCCUGUCAAGGAGGACCUGGAAGGUGUGCAGAUUGACGUAUACAAUGAUCUUUUGAAGGACUACUUUGAGAAGGCUGUGCGCCCAAUUCAUGUAAAUGACACCAUUACCAUCCGCACGAACAAGGUAUUUAGGUUUAAAGUCACACAGGUAAAGGCCGGUGACCAGGCGUAUGGAAAGGUGGGGCAGGACACAGAAAUUUUCUGCUCAGGCGAGGUGACCGAGGAGGAGCUGCUAGCAGACAAGAACAUGAUAGGAUACGAUGACAUUGGAGGCUGCCGAAAGCAAAUGGCUAAGAUACGUGAGCUGGUUGACCUUCCUCUAAGACACCCCAUUCUGUUCCAAAAGCUAGGAGCCAAGCCACCAAGAGGAAUUCUCAUGCACGGACCGCCAGGAACUGGUAAAACAAUGAUUGCCCGUGCCGUGGCGAAUGAGUCUGGUGCUUUCUUCUUCCUUAUUAACGGGCCAGAGAUUAUGUCCAAGCUUUCUGGAGAAAGUGAGAACAAUCUAAGAAAGGCUUUCAAGGAGGCAGAGAAGAACAGCCCAAGUAUCAUUUUUAUCGAUGAAAUCGAUGCAAUUGCGCCAAAGAGGGAUAAAAGUCAGGGAGAAGUGGAGAAGAGAGUUGUAAGUCAGCUGCUUACGCUUAUGGACGGGCUGAACUCUAGGUCAACUGUAAUUGUGAUUGGGGCAACCAACAGACCAAACAGCAUUGAUCCUGCACUAAGAAGAUUUGGUAGGUUUGACAGAGAGCUUGAGAUAGGAAUCCCAGACUUUGCAGGGCGUCUUGAGAUCAUGAGAAUCCACACCAAGAACAUCCUCAUUGCGCCAGAAACUGAUAUUGAAAAGAUUGCGAAGGACACCCACGGGUACACCGGGAGUGAUCUGGCGUCUCUUUGCUCUGAGGCUGCUCUCCAGCAAAUCCGGGAAAAGAUGCAUCUGUUUGACCUGGACAGCGAUGUGCUGGACAUUAAUGUGCUGAAUUCUCUUGCUGUCACACAGAAGAACUUUGAGUAUGCUCUGCAGCACACAGACCCAAGCUCCUUGAGAGAGACUGUUCUUGAGGCACCAAACAUCAAAUGGGAAGAUAUUGGUGGUCUAGAGGGCGUGAAGACAGAGCUAAAGGAGAUGGUGCAGUAUCCAGUGGAGUAUCCAGAUCUGUAUAGAGAGUUUGGAAUGAGCCCUUCUCGUGGUGUGCUUUUCUACGGACCACCUGGAUGUGGUAAGACUCUUUUAGCCAAAGCUGUGGCCAGCCAGUGCAAUGCCAACUUUGUGUCGAUUAAAGGGCCAGAGCUGCUCACCAUGUGGGUUGGUGAAAGUGAGGCAAAUCUGCGUGAAAUAUUCGACAAGGCCCGAUCUGCAGCACCAUGUGUCCUGUUCUUUGACGAAAUUGACUCCAUUGCCAAGGCCAGAGCAGGUGCAGGAGACAGGUCUAGCGGAGGAGCAACCCAAAUUCUCAACCAAAUGUUGAUUGAAAUGGAUGGAAUGAACACCAAGAAGAAUGUGUUUGUAAUUGGGGCAACCAACAGGCCCGAUGUCAUUGAGCCUGCUCUUCUGCGUCCAGGGCGGCUAGACCAGCUCAUAUACAUCCCUCUUCCAGACGAGGAGAGCAGAUACUCUAUUCUUAAGGCUGCCCUGCAAAAGGCCCCUCUAGACGAGUCAGUCAAUCUCAGAGAAAUCGCUGUAAAGACGAUUGGGUUUUCCGGUGCUGAUCUGACCGAGGUGUGUCAAACUGCAUGUAAGUUUGCCAUAAAGAAGAGGAUUGAAGAGGAAAUUGCCAUAAAGAAGAGUAAAAUGGAGAUAUCUGAUGUCUCUACACCGGAUGCCGGCGAAAAUGCUGCAAAGGAUAAGGAGCCAGAGAAUCCGCAGAAAACAGUCUUUGUUACGUCUGAGCACUUUAAGAAGGCGCUGGAAAGAGCCAGAAGAAGUGUAAGUGAGGAGGACGAAAGAAAGUACGAAGGGUUCCAGAAUAAGUACAAAGGCGGUCUUGGUGAGAGUGCUCUUGAUGAUGAAGCUGGCCUGUACGAUUAA